AUGCGCGUCACCGCUAGCAUUCUUGUUAGCUUCAUUGCUGUGGGCAUUGCUAUGCAGGUCACUCCCACCACCAAGUCGAAGUUCAGCAAGGCCCUUGGCGAAGCAUAUCCUUCAGAAUCUGAUCACGUUGACGGUAACUGGCGGAUCGGUUGUGACAGGAACAACCACUGCUCGUACUAUCAUGAUGCCGCCGCUGCUACAAGCAUCGCUGCUUCAGAGUCUGUUCACCCUGACGAAGGAUCAUAUCCUGAGCGGUCUGCGAGGAGUGCCAAUGCAACCGCCAUAGCCGUACGCGUUGCCAGGUUUCCUAAGGUCAAUGCCACCUCUUUAGCCGUAGCGCUUAGUAUGAUUUUUGAUAGAUGGUUCACUGACACGCCCCAGGACGAUGACCGAUUGACUCGACGCAGCCAGAACGUCUCCCUUCACGCAAAUACACAACCACUUUUCGGCCGUCACGUCGCCUUCGCAGGAGACCAAUGUGAAGAAUGCGAUUUAACUGAAUGUCCGGAAUGCCAUAGUGACUGUGCCCAGUGCCAACACUUCAAGUGUGUCGACCCCAAAUCAGGCGUGUCCAUGUGCAUGAGUGUACGACCCAAGUACCUGGUCCCCUGCGAUCCCGUCCCUCCGCCAGUUGUGACCAAGACGAAGACUAUCUACUACUUGCCUGUGUCUACACCGAUAUCUGCGGAAACAAUCACAGCCUCACGUCAGGCGAGGUCCGUGGCUACGAUUGCACCUCUGCCCACAAUCACAGGCGAACCCUCGGUUACUAUCACAGUAUCUACUGUUGUAACAACGACAACCACCGUCCUCACUCCCUUCCCGACCAAAACUACCAAGACGGUUUUCAGGGAAGUCAGCAUCGUACCCAUUGAUCCCGACAGCACUAUCGUCUCCACCAAGACCCUUGUACCUCUGGCACCCAUCACGAAACCCAUCAUGCUCGACAGCAGGAACAACUUGAUAAUCCCCAAAACCCCAAGCGCCAGCUCUCCAACCCCGUCCUUCACAACAGCCCACGGGCCCCGAGUCUCUGGUCUGCUCUCCCGCCAGCAUUACAACACCAAGGAAGCAUCUUGCAAAAUUUGUGGAGACGCUUCAGCCUGUCAGGAGUGCACCUUCGCCUGCCCCGACUGCGGCGGCAACUUGUUCUGCAACAGCCUCUUAGGUAGCCGUAAUAUCUGUAUCGAUAUGCAGAGCACCGCAAAUGCUUCUACAGCCUCGGACAAGAUUCUCGGUCGCGCAGCUACACUUCUCAUUCAACGCGACGCAAAUACUGUUGCUUCCAACAACGGGUCGAUCAUUGGCAAGCCGUGGGAUAUUCAAGACGAUGGUUCGGUGCUGUCGCUGAAGUUUGGGUACUCCGACUGCCGUGCCUGCAUUCCUGGGGACAGAGAUUGUCGUGUGGGUUUCUUCCCUUUUGGAUUACAUGCUUUCAGUGAUGUAGGCUUUGAAGCUGAUUGA